UCCUGGUGUUUUCCACUUGCAUUGCGCCAGUAUUCAACCGGCCCGGACACCGCGAUUAUCCAAGUCUCACUAAUAAAAGUUGAUAUCAUUUAUUAAAUCUCACUUAUCUUCUUACUUUCUUUAUUGUCACGUUGCCUACAUGAAUAAUCAAGUGUCUUAGUCUGAUCUAAACGCUCAUUUGCAAAUCUUUUGGAUCCGUGAGUGUCAAAUUUAGUGGAUUUAUGUUGAAUUACCAGGAGAAUAGGAUUCAUGUGAGCUCCAAAGUAAAUCUAAAGUUUCGUAGAGAGACUGAACAAGUUUCGGCUCAAUAAACCGAGGAAAAGAGAGAAACUUGUGGUGAGAGAAAUCGCAUCAUGCGCAACAGGACGUGGCUUUUCCUCGCACUCUAUGGUUUGUUCUUAGCUUCAGCUGUAUCAGCAGCUUUAAAAAAUACUCGACCAAAAUUUAAAAUUGCAACUACUUGGACUACUCCUAGUACUACUACUGAUAAGUCUAGUUCUCAAGCGGAAAAUGAAACGGAGAGUGAAAAUGAUGAUAGCAGUAAAGUUGAAGCAACGACAGUAGCUGGAGAUUUGAAUGCAACAACAGGCCAUACACUAACAGGAAUACCUCAAAUAGAUUACAUUUGGGAUCCUAAUUUGCCACGAGAAUUAAACGGCUAUAAUCUAAGUGAUUAUCCAUUUUAUAAUAGCAUACCAGAAGAGAUAGACUUCAAAUGCGAUGGACUACAUGACGGAUUUUAUGCGAGUGUUCCUCAUAAAUGCCAGGUCUAUCAUCAUUGUCUUUUUGGCACUCGUUAUGAUUUCCUCUGCGCCAACUUUACGGCAUUCGAUCAGAAAACCUUCAUUUGUCACUUUGUAUCAGAAGUGGACUGUGUUAACUCCAAAAAAUAUUGGCAUAGAAAUGAUGCACUUUAUCAAGCUACUACCACAACUACUAUAGCUCCUCCUACAACAACAACUACUACUGCUAGAACUACUACAAGUCAAGCACCACCUCAGCCGUUUCCUCAAGGUCCUCGAUCAAUUCCAAGGCGAAGGAGACCUUUUAGAAGGCGGCCGGCGUACGAUUAUUACGAAGAUUACUAUGAUGAUGAUUAUGAGCGUCCAAGAAGUCGAGGAUCUGGCUAUGACAGACGGGAAGAGUAUGAUUAUGAUGAUCAACAAUACACUAGACGAAAUAAUCGUGAACGAGAUCGAGAUCAUUAUCGCGAACAUUUUAGAGAUCAUGACAGGGAUUACAGAGACAAAGAUCUAACCAGGCCUAGAGAGUAUACAAGUGAAAGAUCAGCAGUUAAAGAUGAUCAAGAUGCUGUGAUAAGACCUCGAGAUCGAUUUCCUAGUAGAAAUAACAGAAGAGAUCCUUCACGACAGGAGCAGGGAGAUAAUGAACGCGAAAAUGAUGGCAGAAAUUACCAAGAUCAACGCUAUGAUAGAGGAUAUGUUAGAGAUGAUUAUGAUGAUCAAGAAUCUGUAGCACCCAGUAAUGAAGGACUGGUGAAACCAUCAGCUCCAAUUUCUUCAGUAUAUGCAAGACCAAGAACUCCUCCAAAAAUCCGGAGACCUGUACCUCUUUCAGAACAAGAAAAGUAUGCUUAUAAAGCCACUACUCCCCAAACAAUAGCUGCAGAAGAAUCUCAUAGACGCCCUACAGAGACAAUGCUCUCUCGAGAACAAGACUAUUACGAUGAUCAGCUUGAAGACAUUCGACCUAGGAGACCUUUAAGACGACGACCAUUUCGAGAACGUGAAAGAUUAGCGUACGAUCAUCCUCGAGAAAUAAGAGAAAGAGAUCGACCCUAUAGACCUCGCUUUCGAGAAGAUGAGGAGGAAAUGAGACCAAGAAAAUACCCAGAGCGUCCACGAGAUCGUGAUCGUUACUAUGAACGUAAUCGAGAUCGUGCUCUAUUAGACCACGAAAAAGACUCAGUAUCAGAGAGAAUUAUCCCAGAGCGUGAGAGAGAACAACGACCAGCACUUAGGCGUCCAUCAAACCGAGAAAAAGAAAAUGAUCGUCCACUUGUCCAACUACCAACCUUACGAGACAUUCCAGAAGAAUCUGAAGAUGCAUCGAAUAGAGCAACAAAUCCUUUAAAUAAAGAUUCAGAAACAACAACAAGUAAAAUGGUUCAAAAUAACAGUAAUCAAGAUGAUAAUAAUGAUGAGGAUGAUGAUUAUGAUAGAGUUAAUGACGAUAAACAAGUCAGAAACAAUAAAAAAGAGCAAGAAACUCAUGGAACUGAUGAAGAAUAUUCUUCAGCUGAUGAGUACUAUGAUGAACCUGAGUAUUCAUCGUCACCUUCAUCACCAUCUUCAUCCGCUCCACCAAAAACAGCUGUGAGAAUUAUCAAAAGACCAUUCCUUCCAUCCCGUGGAGGUAAUCCUAAUCCUCGUGGAUUAUCUACUGUUGGAAUUAAAGCUCCAGAAUACAAUAAAAAACAUAAUGCUUCUGUCAAGCCUGAAGUAAAACUAACUAAUUCAAAUAAAGAAUAUUCUCGUGCUUCUGUUAAAGCGGUUGAAAGUUAUACUCCUAAAUCUCAAGAACCUAAAGUAUAUGAUGCAUACAAAGCGAUUGAAAAUGAUAAACAUUAUAAAAAAGUAGACUUUGAUGAGCAACUUCGCCGACCUGCUGAAUCGUCUAAUACCAAUGCAGAAUUAGAUACCAAUCUACGUGCAAAUUCAGGAUCAGGAUUAGAUAAGUGGAAGACACAUGAGGAGAAAAGUGAAAUCAAACCAUCAAUACCUUGGAAUGGUGAAGAAUUACGUCGAAGACCUUCUCAAGUGUUACCUAAUAGAGGAAGCAGUCGAUAUUCUACUGUAGAUAAUAGCAGUUAUACUAAUUACCAGGCAACUUAUACGACUAAACCAAAUCGCCAAGAAAUUACUGGCCCAAGUAAUCCCGUAACUAAACAGAAAAUUAAUGAAGUUCCUCAUAGACUUCAAGAUAUUCCUGAAAGUGAAUACGAUGUGACUUUAAAUGAAGCUCUGACACCAGCUUUCAAUCAAGAUACAAAUUUACCAAGCGGCUUCGUGUUACCAUAUAAUCAACACAAUCGGCAUCUUAAUCGGGAACCAGUUCUAGAACCUUCAGAAAAUAACUACCGAAUAUCUAGGCCAUAUAAUACUCAAUCAGAUCCAUCUCAGCAACAUCAUCAGCAGCAAAAAAGUUUUGUGCCAAGCACUCAUUUUUUUCCAUCACCAAGAAUUGCAAAUAAUGAUGAACGAAGUGGAUCUAUUCAGUAUUUUAAAACCCCUGAAGUUGUACAUAUUGCUGGAUCAGGAUAUAAUAGACAGUCAGGAAGAAAUUCUUGGCAUGAUUAUACUGGUUAUCAAUAAAUUAAAUAAAAACGUUAGACCAGA